CCUCUUCCCUUAGGCCUUAUCACCAAGCAUCUUUUCUCACACAGCCAUCCAGACUAAGGAAGACCCGGAAACUUAGGGGCCACGUGAGCCACGGCCACGGCCGCAUCGGCAAACACCGGAAGCACCCGGGAGGCCGCGGUAAUGCUGGUGGCAUGCAUCACCACAGGAUCAACUUCGACAAAUAUCACCCAGGAUACUUUGGGAAAGUUGGUAUGAGGCAUUACCACUUAAAGAGGAACCAGAGCUUCUGCCCAACUGUCAACCUUGAUAAAUUGUGGACCUUGGUCAGUGAGCAGACACGGGUAAAUGCCGCCAAGAACAAGACUGGAGCUGCUCCUAUCAUUGAUGUGGUGCGAUCGGGUUACUACAAAGUUCUGGGGAAGGGAAAGCUCCCAAAGCAGCCUGUCAUCGUGAAGGCCAAAUUCUUCAGCAGAAGAGCUGAGGAGAAGAUUAAGGGUGUCGGUGGGGCUUGUGUCCUGGUAGCUUGAAGCCACAUGGUGGGAGAUUCAUUAAAUGAUAAGUGCUUUUC